CAGUGAACGCCGAACAAAAAAAAAAGGAGGCCGACGGUACUGCAGCGUAUAUAAGUGUCAUAACUAUGUAGGAAUGAGAGGUGAUAUAUCUUUCUACGUCUUUCCUGCGAAACCAUACGAGCAAGAACGGAGGCAACGUUGGAUACAAGCUGUCAGGCGAGCGGGUGAAGACGGCCAGGUAUGGGAGCCAGGACCAAACAGCAGAGUCUGUAGUCAACAUUUCGUGGGAAACAAGAUGAGCAAUAUUAUGCACCAUCCGGCAUAUGUGCCAACAAUUUUCCCGUCGGAAUAUUACCGCCAAGCUCCUGCUGACUCCACCGCGUCCGGUGAACGCUUCGAUAGGUGGGCAGAACGCCAUCGACGCAGCGCGGACUCAUCAAUGAAUGCUUUUCAGUCACUACAACCAGCCACGAAUGCAAACACACAGCCAGAAAAUGACGAGGGCCAGGAUGUUUGCUCCCAGAGCCACUGUGGUGUUGACUCACAUGAUAAUGCAAGCUUAUUUCCAUUCAUUGGAAUACAAAUUACAUUGUGUAGUAUCUCCUUAUCUGCGUGA